AUGGUUUCGACAAGACCCAGGAAGGAGAUUAAAAAAGAGAAACCGGAGCGACAACUCCGGUCGAAAGACAUUGCACAGAAACAGCCAAAUAAGACAUUGUUUAACUUUGACAAUGUCAAUGAACAUCUUCAAGGCAACAAACCCAUAAAACUAACUGACACCACGGGUGACGAGAACCGCCCAUAUGUGUUCUACGGAGAAUCAGGUAAUGUACCCGAUUUGCCUCCUCAUACUGAUACUUUGAAAAUAGUGGAACCUUUACUACCAAGACGUUCUCAAAAUAGAGAUGAUCCUUUACCGGACUCCCUUUAUGAAGUUUUUUAUAAAAAGAUGAAGAAAGAAGAGAAAGUUAUGACCAAUGAAGAGAGAUUAAGAAUAUUAUCGGAAGUGGAUAGCUUACAAGAUCAGUUAAAAUUACUUCAUCAGUAUGAUUGGAUUCGUCACUUACGAAAUAUAGCCUCAAUCAAUAACCCUAAUGAUUAUGAAGAAUUACAAUUAAAACGUGACUUAUCCAUUGCCGAAAUACGCAGGUUAUUGAGGAAACAUGACAAUUGGAGACGACGAUAUGACACCUUAAAUAACGAUAUAAGAGAGAACAUUGGUGUAAACGAUGGUAGCGAACUCUCUGAUGAUCCAGAUUAUGAAUGCUCGAUUGAAGAGUUACGCGAUAGAAGAAAAUUAGAAAGAGCUCAGAGAUAUGGCCCUGUGAUUAGAUUAAACCUCAGUGAAAAGUAUUCCUUGGUUAUUGACCCAGUGGCGCCUCCUAAAAUCGUGGAGGUGGAACCUCCCAAUCCUAUCAGAAAAGUGGAAUCUCCUAAUCAUAUUGCCAAAGUGGAAAAGCCAAUAGAAACCAAACCCGAGCCAAUUGAUACAGUACUGAGAGAAAUGCAAACAAUGCCAGCUUCGGAUAUACGGAUUCAGACAAACGCAAUGUUAUCGUCAACAGGAAUACCAAAGUCCAAAGUUUGGGUCUACAGACAGAAUUUAGAAGAAGUUGAGAAUGUGAAUGAAAUUGAUUUUCAAAUUAAAGAUUCUACACAUGUUUUUGGAACUUCACUCGAGAGGUUGGAACCUACAGUUGGCGGGUUUAAAAUGCCUCACGCUCUUCGCAAGAGAAAUUUUAGACCUCAAAAGCAAUAA